AAAUGAAAAAUCGACUGGCUGCUAGAAUAUUACCAUACUUAUUUGAAAAGUUUUUUGCUAAAUAUUCAGAAUAUUUAGAAAGUCAAUUAAUAUCAUAUAAACUUGUGCAGGAACAAAAGUGGAGACAUGCAUCAGCAAAUACA